UCUUUUUUUCGGCAAAUACGGAUCGAUUAAAUUUUCCACCAAUGUUUGGAAAUUCCUGCGAAGCUUAUAAUCGAUUUAUAUUUAUAAGCGUGUAAGUAAAUACUACGUAACGCUAAAUUCCGAUACCUGAUCGUAUAAAUACUAGGAAAUCAAUAUAAGAAUUAAUAAAUAUUGAAAAUCACAACUAUCAUUAUUUUUUUUUUUUUUUGUUGAUAAUAUCAGUAUCAUUUUAAUUUAAUUGCAACAUUCUAAUAAAUUGCAAGUUAUUGUCUUAUUGAUCUAUUGUUAUCAAUCUGCUUGCUAAACAUUGUAUCUGAAUCAGCAUCGCUCUCCAUUUUUGGAAAUAAACUGAAUUGAAAACAGAAGAUAGAAAAAUCUCGAUCGAGUUUUUAAAUGUUGCAACGAAAGUGUGGCUGCUUAUGUGAAAACUUAACAUGCUACUUAACAUCAAGCCUUGUUUGUAAUGAACCAACCUAAACCUCGUACAUGUAUCAAUACUUACAAUUGGAAAAAUCAAUUUCAUCUUCAUUAUUCAUUUUAUGAAAACAGGUUUCACAUUUUCUUAAUAAUCUGUGACGUACAAAAAUGGGAAUAAAUAUAACGAAGUCUUGAAAAUAAGCCGCGUUUAAUGAUAUUUGGACACUGAACCAAAUGUGUUCAAAUGAUUUUCAUGUCUCGUUGAAUCUCCAUGUCUGAAUAGCACUGCGAUCGCAAUGCGAUUUAUAUACAAAAAUUGUAAGUGGGAAAGAGAGGUUUAGAGCUCGUGACUUAAAACUGAUAAUCGUUCUCACAUAACCGGUGGUUGAUCAAACGUGUCUCGAUUCAUGCUCUGUGUACAUCCGCCUUUUCUUGUCGCUUUGUUUGAACAACUAGCGAGAUAAUCAUUGGUCAUUGAUGCGAGUUGUCGGAAGCGAAUGAGAGACAAUGUACAACGAUACUGAUCUUAUUAUCUAUUUUCUAGAACGGAAGUACUCGCCAAAUAAAGGGAUCGAAUGGUAUUAUCAAUACCAAAGCUUGUAUCUUCAAUUGAUGGCGGAAAAUCAAGUGGCAGAGAAGGCAGUUUCCGAGACUAGCGAUUGUUCGGGCAAGGUACAGCAUUCUGGGAAUUGUCUAAACGACUUCAUUGCCUCAAUGAAGAUGCCGAAGAAUGGAUAUGACAAACCAUCGGUGAUGGGAGAUCGUGCGAAUGGGAGUGUCCGCGAGUCUUUGAUUUACUCUUGUUCACGUUGUGGAAACGCUUAUACAAGAUCUCACUCAUUGAACAGACAUAUCAAAUUCGAAUGUGGUGUCGAGCCGCAAUUCGAAUGUCCCAUAUGUCACAAGAAAUCGAAGCAUAAACACAACUUGGUUUUACAUAUGAAAACUCACAAUAAAUCUUAAGUACUAUGAUCAGUCAACAUAAAUAUUAACGAAAGUUUUAAACGCCAAUGAUCUCUGAAAUUAUUUGCUGUUAUAUUCGUUGCCAUUUAUUUUGUUUUUUUUCCUUUUUUGUUUUAAUUCGAUAAAAAUUAAAAUUGUAGUGAAGAAGGUACAUAUGUGACAAAGUAAAGAGAACGUAAGAUAGAUGAAAUAUAGGUAAAAUUUAUGAAAAUUAAAUUAAUAAAUUCUUAUUGUACAUGUAUAUACAAAAAUGUAUAUAGAAAUAAUAGAAGGGAAAAAGUUCGUCUGAGUAUACGUGUAUAGAAAAAAGGCUCGCCUAUGCGUGGAUAUCAACGAAUACUCAUAAUUGUAUAAUAACGAAAAUAAAUAUUUUACAUUUACGAAAAGUUACAAUACUUAUAAAAGCAUUAUGUAUCUUCCUGUAUUACCAACUAUCGUAUCAUUAAAACGAAUAGGAAUUAUAAGGAUAUAUGAAGACCAUUCUGUUAUAAAUAUUCAUUUUAUAAAUAUUUUUAAUUGUAUUGUUGGGAAACCAUCUUGAGAACCAAUAUAUUCCAUGAUCAAAUUCUUUCUCUAUAAAGAUAUUAAUAAUUGCAUGCCAGAGGUGUCUUGUGAUUUGUCAGAUAGAUUAUUCAUAGUGAACGUAAUUCUGCACGAGCGUGCGAUCUCGGCACAAUUCUCGAAAUUUGACGUUUAUCGAGAGGAAAAGAAAAAAAACAUAUUUGUUUUGCAAUAGCAUGGCUCGAUGUAAGAUUCUCGAACUUAUUAUGAUCCUUUCCCACUAUUAACACUUACGCUCCGGGGCGAUCUGCACGCUACGCUUCUACUGGUGCCGCCUGGGCGAAUCCGUCGAGUUUUACCAAAUAUGUAAACACGAACGUGUAUAUACCUCGUCCUAGCGUUUAUGGAUAGAAACAAGAGCGUGCAGGUGUUAAUAUUAUCUUACCGUAAAAUGCUUGUUCUUCGCUUGCACCGCAAAUGCAAGACAAUUGUUUCAUCGU